AGCAAUCCAGGGUCGGUAAAUAGGGAUCGUAACAACUGGGUUUUUAUUUGCUCCCCUUGAUAUCGGCUCAAGUUUUAUAUCUUUCAUCUCAAUUUUUUGUGAAUUUGUAUGAAUUUAACCAAAAGAAAAUUCAACUCACUCUUUGUUCAGAAAAUCUUAUAAAAAUUAAAAAUAUUUAUUUAAAAUAGUUAAAAACUUGUCCCAUUACACCCUCCAAUUCGAUUUACUUUUUGCAUGUUUAACUUUUGUAUCUUUGGGGUAACUUUUCCCAUUACAUUUUUAGUAUAUACUAGCGGUAACUUUACUAAAACGUAAUGACAAAACUACCCACGUCGUAGCCUUUUGGAAAAGUUUGUGAUGAGGCUAAUUACGUAAAAUUAUUGACGGUUGGAACUAUCCCAAAAAUGAGCCAUCAUCUUGCAUGGAAGGAACCAGGAAAUUGAACAAAGAUUGUACAUGUUUGGAUGUUUUACACGCAUCUUUUGAUCACCUUCAACCUUUAUUCCCAACAGUGCGACCAUUGGCUAAUAGAGUCAUUUGGUUCAACAAUCAUCGGUGUACGCUAAGCUGCCAUCGAUGAAAAGCCGAGUAUCUUGUGUUGAUGAAGACGACUGCGACUCAUGUAGAUUGGCGUAUUGUUGGUGGAGAACAGCUGCGGAAUUCGACAAAUGCGUUAAGGUGAAGCUGGGAUUUCCUAAUGUUUCCAUUCUAACGCCUAGGCUGAGACUACUUAGGGAGUUGGAGAGAUUGGCUUUGGUUGCACCUGAUGGACUAAAUGAGCUUCAGCACAAGCUUCUCGAGUAUCGCUCGGGUGAUUUUUGGGUACCUACCGGAGGGAUCGCAAAGGAAGAUAUGGAUAUUCCACCAGUUAACACAAUUCUCUUGGUGGGAUUUUCGGGUUCAGGCAAGAGCUCGCUUAUAAAUCUCAUGUACAGUAUUCUCGGUCGGUCCGGUCUAAUACCCUUUGCUCAAACAUCAUCAGGAAGGUCCAAUUACACAACCAUGUACAUGGAAGAACAUAAUGUCCUGAGAUCAACCCGUAGCGGCUUCUGCAUUUAUGAUUCGAGAGGGUUCGAUUACCAUGGUACAAGAGAAGCAUUGGAGGAAAUGUCGAGUUGGAUGAGUGAGGGGAUUCAUCAUAAUCAACCCUGCUUCAGAUACAAUGACCGUGCAACGACGGCAGACGAUGCUGCCAUGGAAAACGUUACGUUGAGAUCGUCUUCGAACUUUUUGCAGAGAGAAGUGAAUUGUGUGAUGGUUGUAGCUAACAUAGCACAGAUUUACAAAGCUUUAAAAGCAGGAGACUUAAAGCCAUUAGAGGCCACCAGACAGCUUUUCAGCUUCCCUGCUUUAAGAAAAAGCAAGGAGAACCCUCUAUUGAUCUUAACACAUGGUGAUUUGUUAUCGACUGAGGAGAGGAUCGAUGGCAGGAUGAAGAUAUGCGAACAUCUCGAAAUAUCGGAGACUAAUGGAGUUUACGACAUACUAUGCCUCAAUGAAUAUGGAUUCCCAGUAGAAGAAUCUGAUCCAGUUUCAGCCUAUGCCUUGACCGAAGCUGUAUACAGGGCACUGCUCAUCUCAGAUAGAAGCCACUUUCCAAAGAUGAAAUUCAAGGACUGGGCAAUGUUGAUAUUAUUAUGGCUAACGCGCUUCAUUGGCUUUUGUUUUGCUUUCUUAGCUGAUGUUUGUUCCAACCUUGGCAAGAAACAGAAACUGAGGAAUGAAUUUGAUUCAAGACAUUACAAGCUUAAACCAUAAUUUUCUUUUGAGUGAAAAAAACAGUGUUAGAGUCACUAAAAAUGUGUUUCUUUUAGGAGUUUAGCUUAGGAAAGUGAUCUUGAGAUUGAUGAUGACAGACCUGAUGGUAUAAAUGUCUUUUAACCCAUCUAUUCUUUUAGGGCACGACCGUUAUUGUUGACGAAAGUGAACAUUUGAUUAAUAAAUUACAAUUUAUUGAAGAA